AUGUGCUCGGGAUGGCGAGUUGCAGUGGCCGCAGCAGCCAUCUGUAUUUGUGCGAAGCCCCGGUGCAGAAGCGGGCCAGUACGGCCUCCUCCCAUUAGUGAGGGUGGAGUCCGUGUGCGUGGCUUCCCAGUCGCCUGUUACGGUGGUGCGGCGAGGUUCGGGCUUGUGUCGUUGGGCCCAAAUAAUACUCUCGUCCAAUGCGACCAUGCCGGUGCUCCAUGUGUCUGUGAGCUGUUUGUGGUCGAAUGCCUUCUUGGCUUAUGCAUCACAAGCUCCGUUCUCGGGCACGUCCACAAUGCGAGUCACCAGGUGAUCCAGAACCGUCGACAUGUGCUCGCGUGCUUCCACGGUUCAGCAAAAAGGUGCAUACACGCUCGCCGCCGUGGAAGUCUCGGUGUAUAUCGUACUCUCUGUGCCAACAGCGAACCGCUCUGUGUCUGCUUUGGUGCAUGA